AUGGCCCGAUUUCACCUGAAGAGAGGUUUCCCUCAGGAGGAGUUUCCUGACUUGUGCAGGAACUUUACCUGGAUGGGUCGAAUCCUCACACUGGAUCUGUACCGCCGACAGUUUAACCGCUGCACCCAGAGUGGAGUAAUCUUUGAUGACGUCAUUCGUCCCGGCCUGGAGGAACCAGGAGAUUAUUUAGGUCCUGUAGCUGUCGGGUGUGUUGCCGGCGAUGCCGAGUCCUACAUCCUGUUCUGUGAUUUCUUUGACCGAGUUAUUGAAGCAUAUCAUGAACAGAAGAUCACCAGCCAGACACCAGAGAGUGACUUGAACUAUGACAACUUGAAGGGUGGUGAUGACUUGGACAGAUCGUACGCUGUACGCUGUGAGGUCAGUGUUGUUCGAGGUAUUGAAGAUUUCUGCUUCCCAACACACUGCAGCCGAGGAGAGCGCAGACAGCUUCUCACACUGGCUAGGCAAGCUUUGCAACAACUGGAACAGGAGCUGGCAGGUCGACUUCUCUUACUAACGGACUUAAGCCAAGAGCAACAGAGUGAGCUGAAUCUUAAAGCUCCAACUUCCUUCCAGCUCCGCAUAGGUGUGGCCCGGGACUGGCCUGAUGCCAGGGCAGUUUGGGUGAGUGAAAACAGGAGCCUGUUGGUCUGGGUCAACAUAGAUGAGCACCUCAGGCUGGUAUCAGUGCGAGAAGAUGCCAAUGUGGCUGAAGCUUUUCAAUGCAUCUGCAUCAGCUUGCAAAAGCUGGAAAAGUACUACAGAGGUCUCAGACAUCCCUUUAUCUGGAAGCAGCAGUUGGGAUGGGUGACGAGCUCCCCGGCUAAUGUGGGUACAGGUCUGAGGAUCAGCGUCCUCAUCAAACUGCAACACCUUCCCAAACAUAAACACCUUAAGGAUGUUCUGAAAAGACUGAGGAUCAACAUGGACAAAACAGAUUCCCCGGAACUAUAUAAUAUAAGCAACAUGGCAACCUUUGGCUUUACCGAGGUGGCACUGACCCAGCUGGUGGUGGACGGGGUUAAGCUACUUACCAUCAUGGAGAAAAGGCUGGAAGGCAACCUAAGUAUAGAUGAGCUUGUUCCUGCACAGAAGUAG